CGCGUUCAGCUAUGGCGGCAAAAAGCUACUCCCUAACAGUACCACGGCGGUCGCAGCCAGCUUCGCUCCUCUCACCCUCUCCAAGUGUUUACAACUUUCGGCUCCCUUGUCGUAGAUUCAUAGUUUAUCCAUUUUGGCUGAAAGUUAAAAAAAGGAACUCGAAUCUAGUCGAAGGCAGUCUGUUCAACGAAUACAAUCCACAUCUAGUUUCUUCUGGAAAACAAGGAAAACUGACAUGCCACAUACAGGUCAAGCAGGCGUGAAUCAACUAGGCGGAGUGUUCGUAAAUGGGCGCCCCUUGCCGGACUGUGUACGCCGUCGGAUCGUUGAGCUUGCACUGAUGGGGGUCCGUCCCUGCGAUAUUUCUCGCCAACUCCUCGUUUCUCAUGGCUGCGUCUCGAAAAUCCUCACACGCUUUUACGAAACUGGCUCUAUUCGGCCUGGAUCUAUCGGUGGCAGUAAGACUAAGCAGGUGACAACUCAAACAGUGGUGCGAAAAAUAGUAAGGUGCAAGCAGGACAACCCGAGCUUGUUCGCCUGGGAAAUUCGGGAUCGGCUGCUGACUCAAAGGGUUUGCGAUCCCUGCGGAGUACCCAGUGUCAGUUCGGUCAAUCGCAUUCUCCGCACGACCAACACAUGCUCACCGCUUAUAGUUGAUGCCCCAAACCACGACGACGAAUCCAUCUACAAACAACGUCUCAACGGAUGCAAUCGGAAGCAGCUGAGCCUAUUGCAACAACAUCAAAGCGCAAAAUCCUACGACGAUCCGACCGUCAAAGAUUCGCUGGCGGCCAAUUUCGACCUGAAGUUCAACUGGCGCUCCAAGUCUGUAGAAGGAGGUGGUGUCUGCUCGCGGGAGAUGGACGCGAAACCCAAAAGGCAUUCGUUCACGAUCGAGGAACUUCUGAAAAACGACGGAGCCGAAUCGGAAAGGUUGAGCGCGGAUGGAAACAGAGACAGGGAUGUGGCGAGACCCCGUAGUCUCUCGUACCCUGCGGCGUCGGCCGCUAUCCAAUCCUUCCUCCUUUCUUGUCCACCGUGCGGUCUGCUCCUGGACAAGCAGUGCACAUGCCUCCUCACUAGCGGCCCCGAGGAAGGAGCUGAAAAGACGUAAAAUCCUCACGAAGUAACUGAAAUUGUACCUCUAGUCAUCAAGUAGUUAAGUUCCUUCUUGUCUAGCGUAGGGACGAGGUCUAGCUAUCUCUUUUAAGGGGAUUUGGCCAGGAUUCCGGGUCAUUGGCGUGUGACCUAUCGGAUCAAGUAUUCAAAAAUUUU